AUGGAUUUAAAUGACAUUACAGCAACUGUUAAAACUGCGUUCUGUAAUACCCAAAUUGCAGAGGCAUUUGCUGCCGCUGUAGUAGCAUCUUCUAAAGGGAAGGAAAAUAUUAUUCAGGAGAGUUAUGAUUUAGAGAUUCAGAAACUGUCAAAUGAACUAAAGGCAUUAAAAAGCUGUAUAAACGAUAUGCAACAAUCAUUUUUAAAUAAAUUUGGUGCGGAUUCGAAUCCAAUAGAAACUUAUGAAAUUAAUGAUAAUGUUUCAGAAAAGAACGGUGGUAUGAGUAAAGAAUUUCAGAAUAGGGAAUGGGAAACUAUGCAAAAAUAUAUUUAUGAACAUUUCAAAAAUCAAACAGAAAUACAGACAAAAGUUAAGGAAAUAGAAGAUUAUAUUAUUCGUGGAAAAGAGGAUUUCUCGUUAAAGAAAAGUGAAAUCAACUCUCUCGAAAAGAAUCUAGAAGUUAGUACUGAACAUAUUACAACUCUAGCAUAUUUAAUAGAGAAUCAAAAGGACAGAAUCGAUGUAUUAGAAGAAAAAAUUGGUAUAUUAGAGGGAAAAAUAAACUGCUUAGAUGAAAAGUUCAUUACAAAUUUUAAAAUAUUAGAAAACGUGUCACAACUAACAGAUCUAAUUACGAAUACCCUUCAAGCCCAAUCAAAAUCAUGGGAGGAUUUUUGUAAGACUUCUAAGAAAUUAAGUAAGGACGCUGAUUAUCUAAUAAAGAAGAAUGCUGGUACUUUUGAGGAAAAUAGCACCGUGGAUGAACUUGCAUUACUAUUUAAGAAGUUUAUUGACGAAAUACAGCAUAUUCGACCAGUCAAUUUUGUUCCGAAAUUCUAA